UCGCAUGCAACCACGUCGUCGGCGAAUGAGGACGAGGCAGGGCAGACAAAGCAGGCAGUGAAUCACGCCUGUUAGUCCCGAUAUCUAGCCCUUCCUUCGGGUCGCUCUAGAUGCCGCUUUUCGAUGGACCGACCGGUGGUGUCCCAGAUAUGGCUUAGCAGUGUCUACUGUCUGUUGUUGUUGCUGUUGCGCUUCAAGUGUUCGUACAUGCAUACACAUAUGCAAGUGCUUAUACAUGUAUGUACGUUGGAGAUGGACGAAAGCUUGCGAGGUGGCGUUGGUAUUUAUUUACUUGUCGGUUGGCUGAGGCGGACGAAUCGGGCCGUGCGGGCUCUCUUAUGUAGGUAUGUAAAGGUAGGUAUGGGCUGCAGCUGGAUGCAAAAGUCCGUCGUGGUGGUGCUUUGUCUGAGAGCAAGGAGAUGCAGAUCAGAAACAAAAGCAGCUGAUGGGAUAGCGCGGAUGGAUGCACGAUUGAUGCAGAAUACGGAUCAUUCCAAAUCUCUCCUCGAGAGCUCGGCAGCAAGAAAAAUAGUUGGCUCGUUCUCAUCCAGUUACCACACCCACGUUAUUACGAAGAGGGAGGGGGGGAGGCAGAGAAACCAGGAUGAGCGUGACUCGAUUCCGUUAAGACAUAAACGCCAUCCUCGCUAUUAACCUAGGAGGGGCUGCCCAUCGCCGGGCGUUAUGAACCAUCGCAGUGUCUCUCAUGGUCAUGCGUUCCAAAUCUUCCGUGAACCAUCUACCGUUCUGGCCACGCGGUCAUGUAAGGCACCGGUUCCAGAGGUCAGCCACGAUGGCGAUGACGAUGACGACUCUGGAAGCCCUGCUUCUUCUCCUUUCUCAUAUAUUCUCUAGGCUCCGCUAUAUCGUGGCGAUGCUACACGCGUUGGUUAAGCUGAAGCUGAAGAGGCAGCUAGGCAGAUCAGGUCAGGUCAGGUCAGGCACGGAUUGCAAUGGGUGUGGUGUACACGGAACACGGAGAACGGAAUACGGAGCAACAGCGCUGCAACCAACUCACUUAGACCGUCUAUCG